AUGGGCAAUGGCUGCCUUUACAUUCUCAUCAGCACUGCCCUCCCUUCACUCCCAUCGGAUUUCCUCAAAUCGUUAUCCUUCCGGAAAUACCUUUUGCCUUCUAUUCUCGUCCCUACCCCGCCGUUAUCUCUUCCUCCGGACGCCGUAGUCUCAGAUCACCGCUCAAUCAAGCUGUCCGAUUCCGAGCUGGUGGAGGUAUCUUUCGCUUCCGACGGAAUAUUACCCUCCGGUGCCGGCGUCUACGCCGUCUACGAUGGCGACGGCGAGCUUCAGUUCGUCGGCAUAACGCGGAACCUCGCAGACAGUGUCCUCACUUGUAAGAAAUCGGUGCCGGAGCUCUGUUUCUCCGUGAAGGUUGGGGAGGUAGAGGACCCCGACAAAAGCGCGCUAACCGAAGCAUGGAAAUCGUGGGUGCAAGAGCACAUAGCCUCAACGGGCAAAUUCCCACCUGGAAACGAACCCGGAAACUCAACAUGGGUCAGAAAUGCCCCACAUAAAAAGGCCAUCCUCGAGGGCCAAGGGGUGGAUUACGAUAGUGUGGACGUGCUUGACGAGGAGCAUAACCGAGGGCUUGAGGAGACUUUGAAGAGGCACGGCGCCAAGGUCUGCAUAGCCGACAUCCAAGACAACUUGGGACAGAGCUUGUCCCGGGACUUGGGCCCAUACGCCUCCUUCAUCCACUGCAACGUCACUGUCGAGGAUGACAUCAGCCGGGCCGUCGACUUCGUCUCUCGACAUUUCGGGCCCCUCGACAUCAUGGUCAACAACGCGGGCAUCUCGGGCCCUCCCUGCCCGGACAUCCGUGACUGCGACCUCUCGGACGCGUGGACAGGGUUCAGGAACUUCGUUGGGGCCAAUGCGAAUCUGCAGGGCGUGGAGCUGACAGUGGAUGACGUGGCGAAUGCGGUUCUGUUCCUGGCGAGCGACGAGGCGAGGUAUGUGAGUGGGGUCAACCUCAUGCGUAUGUUCGCACCCUAUCUGAGAAACUCCUCAUCUGGAGCUCGAUAUUCCUCUCCAAUGGCUGCUUUCACAUUCUCUUCAGCACUGGCCUCCCUUCACUCCCAUCGGAUUUUCUCAAAUUUUUCUCCUUCCGGAAAUACUUUUGCCAGUUCCUUCUAUUCUUGUCCCUACCCCACCGUUAUCUCUUCCUCCGGACGCCGUAGUCUCAGAUCUCCGCUCAAUCGUCGCUGUCCGAGCGUCGUCGUGUCGGCGCUGAAGAAGCUGUCGGAUUCCGAGGUGGUGGACGUAUCUUCCGAUUCCGAAGGAAUAUUACCCUCCGGUGCCGGCGUAUACGCCGUCUACGAUGGCAACGGGGAGCUUCAGUUCGUCGGCAUAACGCGGAACCUCGCCGCCAGUGUCCUCACUCAUAAGAAAUCGGUGCCGGAGCUCUGUUUCUCCGUGAAGGUUGCUGAAGUAGAGGACCCCGACAAAAACGCGCUAACCGAAGCAUGGAAAUCGUGGGUGCAAGAGCACAUAGCCUCAACGGGCAAAGUCCCACCUGGAAACGAACCCGGAAACUCAACAUGGGUCAAAAACGCGUCAUCACGUAAAAAGGCCGACCUGCGGCUGACCCCUGGCCGUCACGUGCAGCUAUCGGUUCCUCUGGAGAGCCUUAUCGACAGACUCGUGAAGGAAAACAAAGUGGUGGCUUUCAUCAAAGGGUCGAGAGGGGCCCCACAGUGCGGGUUUUCGCAGAGGGUUGUGGCCAUACUCGAGAGCCAAGGGGUGGAUUACGAGAGUGUGGACGUGCUUGACGAGGAGCAUAACCGAGGGGUUAGGGAGACUUUGAAGAGGUAUAGCAACUGGCCCACGUUUCCUCAGGUGUUUGUGAAUGGGGAGUUGGUCGGGGGUUGUGAUAUUUUGACGUCCAUGUAUGAGAAAGGUGAGCUGGCGGGUUUGUUCGACUAGUAGGGGAUGGAUGUGCUCGUUUUUUUCGCUUUCGCGAAUGUGUGAGGUGAGAUUUGUAGAGUGUUGGGAAUGGGUGAGCUGGCGGGUUUGGUCGAGUUGGGGAUGAAUGUGCUCGUUUUUCCUCGAAUGCGUGAGGUGAAGGUGAACUGUGUUUCAGUGGUAAUUCUUGGAUUGGCCUGUGUGCUGUGUGUGAAUUUUUUUUUUAUUUUUUUUAUUAUUAUUUUUUUUUAAGAGACUCAUUUUAGUUGAAAAUGGAGGAGUUGGAAUUGGUUAUGUUCUUUUCUUUGGUGUCACAAAUUAGCUUGCAUGUUCCU